CGCGCGUCCCACGGCGGUGGCUCCGUGGUGUGUGGUGGCCCUCUCGGCGCCGGCUCCGCUGCUGCUGCUGCUACCGCGCCGUGCGUGGCUCACCAGGUCAGGACGGUGCUGUUGGAUCCCGUUGAGAGGAUAACACGCGCGCGAUAAGGUCGGGAGCGCGGUUGCGGCAAAGGGCAGUCAGGAUCCAUCGAGUGCCACGACAUACACGUAGGGAUGUAUCGAGAGGGGGUGGAAUCGGCAGAUCGAAUAUAAGUGCGCGCGUGUGGUUCGUGUGUGUAUACAUGUGCCAUUGUCACCACCGUCCGCCGCAGUAACAGAAAAGAAGAGAUCUCAACUCGCCGUGACCGGAAGCACUGAAAAAUGGAUGCAACGCCGCAACGAGUCAUUUCCAGUUUACUUCUGUUUAUUCUCGCCACAUUACACUUUGGUUAUGCUAGAAACGGACCCAACUACUAUGGCAAGUUUAUUGGAUCUUUACAAGAAUACGCACAUGGUAUCAAAGGUAAGGUGUACGCCGUUGACGAUGCAACGAUAUUUAUAAAAGGAUUCUGUUACGACGGCACCGGACCGGAUGCUUACUUCUGGGUUGGAAACAGUAGCAUGCCCAAUCCCGAUGGUUACAUCGUACCUUAUCCCGAGAUUGAUAAAAAUAGAGACCCACAACAGUUGACGGCGUAUAACUAUUCAGACAUUAUUCUGAAGUUACCCGGAGGAAAACGCAUACGAGACAUCAAAUGGCUGAGCGUUUGGUGCAGAAGGUUUACGGUCGAUUUCGGCGACGUUUUCAUACCGGAUAAUUUGAAAGUACCAAAAUUGCAAGUACUUCCCGAGUUUUCGAGAUUGGCGCACGGUCUCCGCAGCGGUAACAUCAGUAUUCUAGACAGCAAAACCAUCUACAUUCCGAAUUUGCAUUACGACGGCGGCGGUCCAGACGCUUAUUUCUGGGUGGGCAAUGGCUCGGAACCCAGCCAUUUCGGUAUCAAGGUCCCCAAUGAAGUGGGCAGUUUGGCACCAUUAAGAGGAUACGAAGGAGUGGACAUUGAGAUCGUCCUACCGGGGAGCUUGACAGUGUACGAUAUCAGCUGGCUUGCGGUGUGGUGCGUUGAAUACAGACACAAUUUCGGGCAUGUUCUAAUUCCAAAGGACCUCGACGUCCCUCCAGCUCUCGGCCAAACGAAAAUUACGCCGCCGUGGUGGUACAAUCCGACAAGUAGCACACCGAGACCUAAGGAAGGAACUGUGAUCAAUUGUAAGGAGAUGCUACAGGGCCGUGUUCAAGUGCAGUGGGAGCUGAUGAACGAGGAUGUGCAGAUUCGGCUCUCAGGACGCAUCGAAGAGAAUCAGUACAUAGCGUUUGGAUUGUCGGGUCAGCAGGGCAGAGCCCGAAUGAUGGGUGGCGAUGUCGUCGUAGUCGGGUUCGACAAUAUCACUGGCAAAUUCUUUGCCGAAGAUUAUCACGUGUCAGAUCUUGCUCAGUGCAACGGCAAGAGGGGCGUAUGUCCGGAUAAAAGGAUCGGUGGGCGAAACGACGCGGUGUUCGUAAGUGGAGACCGGAAGAACGGCAUAACAUCGGUUGCAUACAUGCGUCCUUUGAGGACUAAUGAGCCAGUGAUGGACAAGAUGAUUUUAGAAAAGGAAAUGAGCGUGAUUGUUGCCAUCGGACCUCUAAAUAUAAGGGGCGAAGCCAAUGCUCAUGAGCAAUUCGAUGUAAACACUGAGGAUAUUCGUAUUGAUUUUACGGCAAAAAAUGUGCACGAUUGUACAAAUUCUCUGUACAAUGUUUCAUACGAUGCCAUACUUAAACCUUGGACACCGGCUGUUAUCACUGAUAAACAUACUUUUAGUGCAAGAAUUGGACCGACUGGCUCAAAAAGGGGAUACUCGCAUAUAACAGGUACCCCCUCUUGGGGCAUCGCAUGGUACAUCAAUGACCAGCUGAUCCCAGAGCUCCAAGUCGAGCGAGGUCAGACUUAUACUUUCAUUGUAGAGGGUGGAGACAGACCUUCUAAUCCUGCUAGAUAUCAUCCAUUCUACAUAACUAGCAGUGCACAAGGUGGUAUGGGACAGAAAAAAAUUGAGGAACAAGAAGAGGAAAAGGUAUAUGCCGGCGUAGAGCUGGAUGAGGAGGGAUAUGCUGUCCCGACCGCAGCCGGUCGUUAUUGCGAAUGGGUCCGUACCACGGUAGAGAAUCCAGACAACUACGAGACAUUUAAGAGCUUCUUCGAAACGCUUGAACUUAAGUGUGAUAUGGGCGAACCUGCCAAGCUUGUAUGGACCGUAGAGAAAGACACACCGGAUUUAGUAUAUUAUCAGUGUUUCACGCACACUCAUUUGGGAUGGAAGAUUCACGUCGUCGACGUAGGAUAUGGAAAAGCUAGCGGCGUCAGUCAAGUUUUGCCUACAUUUACGACGUUCGUGGCGUUUAUCGUCGUACUAUUUUUAUUCUUGAGAUGAAUCGUUGGGUUUUCUUCUUUUAACGCCGGACAAAUAGGAAAUGAAGAUAACGACGAAAAUUGAUCAAUUUAAGAUGAUCAAGAAACCUACGAUAUACAUAAGAUUAUUAAAUCGGCGAAACACGAUACAAGGUUGUAAGAAAGUAUUUAGCACGUAAAAAAUCUACUUAUAAGGUAAAAGAUUAGCAAAAUAUUUUUAAGAU